AUGGAUGUGAGCGGGCAGACUAUGGGACUAGGAAGGGUCCUAUUCACUGGGCCACAUGGUGCUUCCAUACCAGUGGGAGAUUACGAGUACCUCUUCAUGGUCGCAAGUGGUUAUGGCAUUGUAGCACAGUUGCCACUUUUAGAGCGACUGGUACACGGUGUACUUGCCCGCGAAGCUCGAGCCCUUCGAAUUCGCCUCGUUUGGGAAUUUGAAGACACAGAUCUCUACGACGCAGUGGUUCCCAUACUUAACUGGGUCUUGUAUGAGGCUCAGAAACUAGGCAAGAACUGCGCACUUACAAUUUCACUCUACUCAACGCAAUUGGUCCUCCUUAAUAAACUCAGCCAAAGAGCAAUGGUAUAUGACACGCAUAUCCCACUUGAAGGAGCAUUCGACGCUGAAAUAGCGCCGAUGGACGCUAGAAAAAUGGGAGAAAAUGAAGCCGCACAAAGAGCAGCAGAGGAAAGAGCUCAGGAAAUAGGAAGGGGACGAGAAGAAAUUAUGGAAGAAAUUAUGAAGAAGAGAGUAGGGAAGGUUGGAAGAUGGCAAGGCAACAUCACGAAUGAGGCUCAAGAUGUUCAACAACCAGACGAGAAAAUUGACGAGUUAGAAACCUUACCCCUGUGUACGAAAUCACCUAGAAUGCUUAUUACAGUAUCUGCGUCGACAAAGAUUCGCGAUGAGCUGAGAUUGAUUCUACAUAGUUCUCUUAGCAAAGACAUUACUCUAACGGAGCUAGAUUAUCAGCCAUCAGAUAAGAACUAG